AUGUCUGUGACACCAGAGGACCUGCUGCCCAGCAAGGGCCCUUUGUCUCCCAGCCGAGGAUUAUUGUCGAACCAUCAGUUCGGCCAGAGCGACUGGGAAGAGUCCGUGGGCGUGGAGCUCGAAGAAUCAUUUUUCCGCAACGACCUCGGAUUUGCGGACAAACCGGUGCUUCCAGAGAGACCGCUCUCUCCAGGUGUCGACUUGGAGGAAGAUUUCCCAGAUCAAUCAAAUUAUCUGACGGGCCCCAACGGAUAUUAUGGGCAAUUCCCAAGUGCAUCAACGGAGGCUCAACAAAUCCAGCCUCCUCAAACAGCGGCGGUCGUCGAACCCCCUCAAGAAGCGGUGGUCGUCGAACCCCCUCAAGCAGCUGCGGUCGUCGAAGCACCUCAGACAGCCACCAAUUCCACCGCUCCCCAGGGUCCAUCAAUCAAGAGAUCACAGGAGAGUAACAGAAUGGGUGGAUAG